AUGGCAGAACUCACAGUGGAGAACGGCAACUGUAUGGACUGGCAAAAGCGAUGCCUUGCUUUGGAGUCCCAGCUCUUCAAAUUCCGCUUGCAGGCAAGCAAGAUCCGAGAGCUGUUAGCUGAGAAGAUGCAGGAAUUGGAACAGAGAGUGAUAGAAGCAGAGCAAAGAGCUGAGGAUGCAGAGAAACAGGUCAGAGUUAUGGAAGAGAAGGUAAAACUAGCCAAUGUGAAGACUGGUGAAUCAGACAGCACUCUGCACAGGAAAUAUCAAGAGCUGAUGGGUACAGUGAAAGGAAAGCAAGAUCUGAUCAACAGAUUGGAGACACAGCUAGCAAAACAGAAACAGUUGAGGACUGAGGAAGCAAAAAUUGUUCAAGAGAAAGCUGCCAAGAUAAAAGAGUGGGUAACAUUUAAGCUGAGAGAGCUUGAGCUAGAAAAUUACCACCUGAAAAACUGUAAUCAGAGGCUGACGGAGCAAAUUGAAGCCCUUCAGGAUACAUUGCAAGAUAUGACCAGCAUUCCUCCCUUUGAAUCUCUUCGGAGCUGUAAUUCUCUGAAGCCCAGAGCAUCAGAGGCCUCUUUUACUGAGAAGAUAAACCAAAAAUCUGUGCUCCUUGCACCUGGCUUCAGACAGGUGUGUCAGACAGGACCUACCAAACAUGUCAUCUCUACAGCAAACAUAGUUGUUGCCAAUGACACCUUUACUGAGGAUGGAGAGGAUGAAUCUCUGCUUUCGCAGAGCACGCUGAACCUUGUGUCUGACCCAUCAAGCUGGAAUCUCUCCACAGAGAAAGAUGUAUUCCCAGCCAUAAGUUCUGAACACAGGUUAGGGUGCUCUCAUCCCACGUCACUGGAUCCUCCAGCUGAGGCCACAAGAAUCCUUGAGGCUUUGACUUUUCAGUCGUCUUUGGAAGGAAACCAUAGCACUGUGAGCACCUUGCAACAAGUGGCUUUGGACAGCACCCGCUUCUCUGAUGAUCUGAGUGCCAGGUUCCGCUCCCACCGGCUGGACUCCUCUUCCUCAGGAGAAAUAAUGAACAUGCUUGAGGGCCGUCUCCAAACUGCUGAGCCACCCCUGGUUGUGUCAACAUCAGCUGUUACAGCACAUUCCUUCUGUCCAGGGAGGGAAUGUGGUCUUGGCAGUAGUAUGACCUUUCCAAAAAUACGAACUCCCAAUACACCAAGAGACAGUAUCCAACUAGCCAAGAGACAUUACAGCCAACCACAGCCAGGGGCUAAUUCUUUCCAUCGUGUAAUGAACUUAGAAGCUAGCACCUUCCAGCCUAUAUCAGACUCUCCAGUCUGCCAUGGGCAAGUGAAGGAGACAGACAUUGAUGAUGAUGGGUUAGUGGAGAAGAUGGAGACAGAACGCGGCCCGGUGAGGGAAGAAGCUGGACCAUGUGAGGAAAUCAACCACUUAUCUUCAGGGCAAAAAGAAGCUGUGAGUUCUGAGGCUGGCACACUUAACCCAGAAAGCAAACCUCCCACGCCACCGCUGCACAGAUUCCCAUCAUGGGAGAGUCGAAUCUAUGCUGUGGCCAAGUCUGGCAUGAGGUUGUCUGAAGUGGCCAUGGUGAAUGAUACUUCCAGCUGCUUUUCCAAUUUUUCACGUUCAACUUCUGGGCCAUUUACCUGUCUCAUCUACAGAAAUGUCACAGUGCCAGUCUACACUACGCUGAAGGGGAAAGCCACACAGAUCAGCAACGUGCCUUUCUUAGAUGAGUCUUCAGGCUCUGAUGAUGACUGUGGCUCCCAUGCCAGCUUCAGGACUUCUGCUGCUGGAUCGGAGAACAGGAAAGCUAGCAUGCCAGGCAGCCCUCGUGCCAUGAAGAGAGGUGUAUCUAUGUCCUCACUGAGCUCCGAGAGUGACUAUGCCAUCCCUCCUGAUGCCUGCUCCUUGGAUGGUGACUAUUCAGAGCCAGAGCAUAAGCUACAGCGAACAUCUUCCUAUUCCACUGAUGGUGGAAUCUGCAGUGAACCCAUGGAGAAAUCAGGUUACUUGCUGAAAAUGGGCAGCCAGGUGAAGAUGUGGAAGAGACGAUGGUUUGUUCUAAGAAACAGACAAAUCAUGUACUACAAGUCUCCGAGUGACGUUAUCCGCAAACCACAAGGACAGAUGGAGCUGAAUUCCUCGUGCCAAAUUGUCAGAGGUGAAGGGUCUCAAACAUUCCAGCUCAUGACAGAAAAGAGAACCUAUUUCCUGACAGCAGAUUCUCCCAACAUCUUGGAGGAAUGGAUUCAUGUCCUACAGAGUAUCCUGAGAGUGCAAGUGACCAGUCCUGUUGGUGUUCCUCACAGUGAUGCUAAGCCUACUGUGAAAGGUUGGCUCACCAAGGUCAAGCAUGGUCACUCUAAGCUGGUCUGGUGUGCACUGAUUGGAAAAACUUUCUACUACUAUCGAAAUCAUGAAGAUAAGUGUCCCCUAGGGCAUCUGCCUAUGCGUGAGUCCAAAGUAGAAGAAGUAGACCGUUCCUGUGACUCUGAUGAAGAUUAUGAAGCCACUGGUGGAGGACUUCUCUCAUCCCACUGUACACUGGUUAUUCACCCACAGGACCAGAGUCCCACAUACUUACUCAUUCGCACGAAACAGGAGAAGAAUACCUGGCUGUACCAUCUGACCGUAGCAGCUGGUAGCAGUAAUGCCACGGUGGGCACAUCGUAUGAACAACUCAUUGGAAAACUAUUGGAUGCAGAGGGAGACCCUAAUUCUCCUCUGUGGAAACAUCCCAUGUUGUGCUACAGUAAAGAUGGGUUGCACACAUCCCUCACCACUCUGCCAUCGGAGGCUCUACAGACUGAAGCUCUGAAACUUUUUAAGUCCUGUCAGCUGUUCAUCAAUGUCCCUGUGGAGGCACCCUCUAUUGAUUACCACGUGUCACUUGCCCAGACAGCACUGCAGGUCUGCCUGACACAUACUGAGCUGCAGAAUGAAAUUUACUGUCAGCUUGUUAAACAGACCAGCUGCCGACAACCCCAGAACCACUCAGUCAUUCAGUGCUGGCAACUCCUGGCUUUGUGCGCUCCUCUCUUCCUGCCUCAGCAUCACUUCCUCUGGUACAUCAAACAGCACUUGCAGCGACAUGCAGACCCCAGGAGUGAAAUAGGCAAGUAUGCCAUCUACUGCCAGAGAUCAGUAGACCGCACUGUGCAGACUGGCGAGCGGGAAGCCAAGCCCUCCCGGAUGGAGAUUGUGUCCAUCCUGCUGAGAAAUCCCUACCACCACUCACUCCCUUUCAGCAUCCCAGUGCACUUCAUGAACGGAACCUACCAGGUUGUAGGUUUUGAUGGUUCCUCAACAGUUGAUGAAUUCAUCCAGCGACUGAACCAGGAGACUGGAAUGAGGAAGCCAUCCCACAUGGGAUUUUCUCUGUUCACAGAUGAUCCUUCUGGCAGGAAUUUGGAGCAUUGUCUGCAGGGCAACAUGAAGAUCUGUGAUGUCAUUUCUAAAUGGGAACAAGCCUUAAAAGAAUUGCAUCCCGGCAAAUAUGAAGGUGGCACAAGAAUUGUGAAGUUGACCUAUAAGAACAGGCUAUAUUUUCGGAGCCAGGCCAAAGGUGAGACAGACCGGGAGCGGUUGCUACUGGCCUUCCAAGUCAGCAAUGAAAUAGCCAAUGGAAGGUUUCCUGUUAAUAAGGAAUUAGCUCUGGAAAUGGUGGCUCUGAUGGCUCAGGUGGAAUAUGGGGACUUGGAUCGUCCAGGAUCUUCAAGUCCUGGGGGAACAUCACAAUCGAAAAUGCAGCAUCUUCUCCACCAGGUCUUAGAUAAAUUCUACCCCAAACGCUACAAGCAAAACAGUACUCCUGAACAGCUCAGGCAACUGGCUGACAGGCUGGCGAUGAAGUGGAUGGUGCUGCAGGGAUGCUCUCCACCAGAAUGCAUUCGAAUUUAUUUGACGGUGGCCCGGAAAUGGCCUCUCUUUGGAACCAAAAUAUUUGCUGCUAAG